GCUUCGAGGAUCUGUCCUUUAUGGAGUUUUCCUCAUUAGACCGCAGGACUAAUUUGAUCUCUCUAGAGUUUGCGACAGUGCAGAGCGACUCCCUGCUGCUCUACAACCCCGGAGGCUCCUCCAGCCGGGAGUUCUUUGCACUGGAGAUAGUAGACGGGACCCUUCAUCUCUCCUAUGACCUGGGCUCAGGGCCCGUGAGACUGCACACACACAAGCAAGUGGCAGAUGGACAUUUUCACAGUGUCGCAGCCAGGAGGGUCGGAAAUAUGGGCUCUUUACACGUGGACAACUGCACAGAUGCUGACAACAAUGGGUUUUGUUUUUCCCAGAGCGAUGGCAUUAGCUCAGAGAGGACAUUAGACGUCGGUGGCAGCAAUGUGACAUUUGGAGGACUGAGGACUGUUGAGUUUAUUCUGCAACAUCCUGCUCAGAUAAAAACCCACGACUUUGUGGGAUGUAUUCGAAACAUUCACGUUAACGGUUUCCUGCUCAGAGCUGCAAUGGCCCUCGCAACAUAUAACAUUCUGGAUAAAUGUCCUCGAGCAGCGGUGUCCACAUGUCACAGUGACCCAUGUAAAAAUGGGGGGGUGUGCCAAGAUCUCUGGUCGGACUAUCUCUGUGAGUGCAAGAGCCCGUUUAUUGGACGCAAAUGUGACAAAGAAUCAUCAGAGGAAGUCGUAUUGAGAUUCACGGGGAAUGACUACAUGGAAUAUGUCAUCAAGGAGAAAUUCAAGAGAGACUUCCUGUUAAAACAGCUGCUGGAUGACAAGAAAGAGCGAAACGACACAAACCAGACAGGGAUGAACAUCAAGUUUAAGACCAGGAACAAUGGAGUGUUGAUGUCUGUUUUGGGACAGACAGGAUACAUCGUGCUGAAGGUUGGUUUGAAACACAUUAAGAUAUAUACUCGUCUCAUUCUUGGGACAUGUGACUGUUUGUUUAUUUCUCUUUCAUUCAGAUUAAAGACAGGAGGCUCGUGUACCAAUCUGAAGAUGCAGUGUCAGGACACCAGUCAGAUUUCACCGUGGACUCCCCGGUGGCCGACGGGGUCUGGCAUGUCGUGUCCUUGUUCGGCAAAGGACAGAUCCCGUUUCUCGCCCUGGAUGGAAAACCAGUCUGGAACGUCACCGACCAGAGUGUUGAUCUCAGUCCUGUUCGGGUGGAGAAGAUCGUUCUCGGUGCUGAUCUGUCGCUUCGCUCACAGCUCCAGCAGUCAGGGUUCACUGGGUGUGUGCAGUAUCUAAAUGUGAGCGGUCACACUCUGCCUGUCAGCGGACGCAGUGCGAUGGUGGACAUCUGGCCGAGCUGGACCCUCAUGCAGUCCAGCUGCAUGUCUCCCGGUGUCUGCCUCCCCUCGCCUUGCUCUGAGGAGGACACCGCCAGGAAGGGCUGUCUCUAUGGACAGUGUGAGAACCGGUGGAGGUGUGGACCGGCCGGGGAGAACAGCUCCUGCAUCUGUUUCCAUAACGUCUCCGACCACGCCUGUGACAUCUGCGCUCCAGACAGCCAGGAUCUGUGCUCGGGGGCGGGGGGCAGUCGGCCUCUGUGGCUCAUAGCUAUGAUUCUUCCCAUAAUCUCCAUCCUGGUUGUUCUAGGAAUGAUUGCUGCUCUACGCAGAGUGAGAGGGCACCAGGGUCCGAGUGAGAGCUUGGAGCAGAAGACAGAGCCAGGGAGAGAAAAUGCAGCUUUUUGUUUCGAUGACAACCGUCCACUCACUAAUGCUGCAUCUACAGGAAGAGCGAGGCGGAACAGCCCAGUGAGGCCUGAUCAGCAGAGUGUGGAGUUGUACUGUGAUGCCUGUCCUUCAAGCGUGCAGCCAGAGCCAAACAGUGAGCCGGAGUAUUAUGAAAUCGGCUGCAUCUCUAGUGCCUGUCACUCAGACUCUGCCUCGCUCAGACUCAGCCAGCACAAGCAUCUGCACGGCACACAGCGUGUGAGCGCUGAUCCUCAACGGUGCGGCGCUUUGAAGAUGCUGUCAGACGGAUUUAAGAGAGAGCCCUCUGGUGAAGAGAGGGAAAAAAGUCCAAAGAAACCUCAAAACGUGGUCACCAUAAACAAACUGUUACUCACUACCACUGAUGCAGAGCAGUCAGAACAUUCACCUCCUUGUUACUCGAAGAGGUUCCAACAACCCGAGCUCCCAGAACCCGUGCAGUGCCUCACUUUUGAGGAAAUCAGUAAAUUAAAUGCUCCUGCCGAGCAGACGCUGUCAAAUCAGGUUUUCCCGAGUCGCACCUCGAUGAUAGAUGUCUCAUCCGACACUGACACAGACAGCACGUCCACUUUCUCAGAGUCGGAGUUUGGACACGUUCCUGUCAGCGGCAACAGGAAAUAUAGACAUGAGCAAUCAAACCUCUCAACACAUGGCUGCAGACAACUUUUCCCUGUGAGAAAGCUCUUUAAACUCUCUGCUGCAGGUCAGCUUGAAGAUGAGAACACUACCACCAGGAUGUUUGAGCACUGGGGAAAGAUUUUAAACAUGCAUCUGCCUUAUAGCAGCUAUGUGCCUGUAUUUGAGGAUGUAGCACGUUUACCCUUGGAACCCAGUCAUAGUUAUGAUAUGCAAAGUGACGUAGAGGAAAUCAUUUGAUUGGUCAAUUUACAUGUUUUACUUUUGUUUAUUAAAACUUAAUGACACCGAAACCUGAAGUUUGGACUGUAACUAGUCUCUGGAAAAUCAGCGAAAUAUUUGAUCUUUCAGCCUUUACAUGUUUAAUUGGUAAAUUUGUGCUGGUUUCCAAGACAAGUCCAAUUAAAAUGUAUCUUUAUAGCGACAGGAGAAUGUAUUUGUAUUUGUUGAUGAUGUUAAAAUAUAAACACGAAUGAACGGCUGAUAUUCACACUGUGUCAAAUUAUUACUGUGCGGCUUCCGUCCGGGAACUAUGUUUAAUCUAAAAUGCUUCACAAUUGGGAUAAAGGAGCAUAAACUGUCAAUUAAAUAGUAAAUUCACUCUGUUAGGGGGGAUUCGGAAGUAUUGUACUGUAGUGUAACUACUUUGACCAGGUGAGGUCAUCAUUGAACUUCGGGA